CCCCUAAUGCGAAUAACCCUUUUGAAGCACGCACGGUGCCUAAUUUGUCGGCUUUUAAAUUAGUGUCAAGUGCAAAUUAGACAGAUAAAUGCAUCUGGUGAAGUGCGAGUCUUAUCUAUAACAGGUGUAGACGUGUGCGAACAUGUACGACGUCGUCAUCGUCGGUGCUGGGGCUGCGGGGGUGGCAGCCGGCACCAGGCUCCUCAGGGGUGGAGUUUCAAAUUUCGUAAUUUUGGAAGCUGAGAAUAGAAUUGGUGGUCGAGUUAACUCUGCUCAAUUUGAUGGAUGCACCGUUGACAUGGGUGCCCAGUGGGUGCACGGUGAACAAAAUAACGUUGUUUAUGAAAUGGCCAGCCACCGAUUGUCAGUGGACGAGCAAAUGAACAACUACGCUUCCGCAGAGGCAUUUCUGGAAAAUGGUGAAAAAUUUAACAUGGAUAUUGUGUUUCUCUUGUACUCCUGGAUUGGUGAAAUCGAGGCCACUAUGCCUAUCAAGCUUAAAAACUUUUCCGGUUCUUUGGGAGAUUUUUACAAUCAAGAGUUGGCAAAAAGAAUCAAAGAAUACCCAGAGCCGAUCGCAGAGAACGACGUUCGCGCUUUCAUGGAGUGGUUCGAGAAGUUUGAGAAUUCAAUCGACGGUUCUGACUCGUGGUUCGAGACUUCAGGAAAAGGUCACUUGGCCUAUGUUGAUUGUCCGGGUGAACUUCUGAACAAAUGGAAUUCAGGGGGAUAUCUCUCUGCCAUCAAAAUGCUUAUAGAGCAAACAAAACAAGAAGAAACUUUUGAGAAAAAAAUUGUACUGAGCUGCGAAGUUGAGAGCAUCGAUUUCUCCAAAAUGCCUGUCAAAGUGAAAUGCAAAGGAGGCGCGGUAUACGAGGCUACGUCUGUCAUCGUAACUGUAUCUCUGGGUGUGCUGAAAGAACAAGCACAAAGUUUGUUCACUCCUAGCUUGCCACAGUACAAGAUGAACGCAAUUAAGGGUCUCGCAAUUGGCUGUGUAAAUAAAAUUUAUUUGAGUUUCCCCCACAAGUGGUGGCACGACAAAGCACCAGGCUUCUGCUUUUUUUGGAGCAAUGCUGAUGACGACCUACCUCUGCACAAGAAAUGGCAUCGUGGUGUUUUUGGUUUCUUCCCCGUUUCAAGUGCUCCCAAUGUCCUCUGUGGUUGGAUGAUUGGUGAAAUGGCCCGAUAUGCUGAAACCUUGCCAGACGAAGAGGUGCAAAAUGGAUGCAUGGAGCUGCUGCAAAGAUAUCUUGGAAAACAGUAUGCAGUGGUAGACUGCACUGGAAUCAAAAGGUCGACCUGGUACUCAAAUCCACAUUUUCGAGGCAGCUACUCAUUCCGUAGCAUGGAUACGGAAUUACUCGAUACUGCAGCUAUUCACCUGGCAACUCCAUUAUCUGAUGCCAACGGAAAUGCUAUUGUCCAAUUUGCUGGAGAAGCUUCGCAUCCAGGUUAUUUUUCAACAGUUCAUGGAGCAAUCGAGUCUGGCUGGAGAGAAGCUGAUCGCAUUUUAGCCAGACCUCGACCUAUGCUUGACUUUGGUCCGACACAACUCUUUGAUGUUAUAAUUGUUGGUGCUGGAAUGGCCGGCUUAGGAGCAGCUAGGACUUUAUACAAAGCAGGAUUAAAGAAUUUUGCAAUUAUAGAAGCUCAAAAUUAUGCUGGUGGCAGAGCCUGCACUGUCCGCUGGGGUGAUGGUUCCACCUUUGUAGAAAAAGGUGCGCAAUGGAUCCAUGGUGAACAUGGAAACCCACUUCUCAAAAUUGCAAGAGAGCACAAUCUAUUGAAUAACAUAGUCUCAUUUGAGGGCCUAGGUCCUUAUUUACUCGAAAAUGGGGAUAAACUUGAUUUAGCCAUUGUUCGAGAAGCAGCUGAGGAGGUACAAAAAAUUUUGGUUAAUUGUGAGCGAUUUUCAGAGGAUGAGGGACAAGACUAUCCACCUUCCGUUGGCCAUUAUCUGCGUCAAAAGUUUUACGAGUACAUUGACAGGACAUCGACUUCAGAGGAAGAUCGAAUAAUCAAAGAGCAGCUGCUUGACUGGCAUUUGCGGUUUCAAAUUAUUGACAAUUCUUGCCGUAUUCUGGACGAGCUUUCUGCUAAGUCCUGGGGUGACUACGACAGCUUCCCUGGAACGGACUGCAAUAAUUUGAAAAAUGGCUAUUCAUCUCUGGUUGAUGCUAUAGUCUCCGAACUGCCCAAGGAGAGUCUUUACCUUUCUCACCCUGUCAACACUAUUGUUUAUCAAACAAACUUGACAAGAGAAAACAUCAAUACCACUGUCGCUGGUCAAAGUAAGAUGAACAAAAAUUGGAUUCCACCUGUGAUUGUCACCUGUGAAAAUGGAGCAAGAUUCGGAGCUCAGUUUGUGAUAGUAACUUGCUCAUUGGGUGUUUUGAAAAGCUGCCAUAAAAAUUUAUUCCUUCCUGCUCUGCCAGAUAAUCUGAGCCAGACAAUCCAAAAUCUUGGUUAUGAAAAUAUAACCAAAAUAUAUCUUGAAUACGAAGAAAAGUGGUGGAGGGAAGACGAAAAAGGUUUUCAAUUGCUUUGGUCCCGAGAUUCAAUGGUUUUGCCAGGAGAAGCAGCUUGGUGCAAGGACAUGACAGGAUUUGACAUAAUGCCAAGCAACUAUGGCAACGUCAUCCUGGGUUGGGUUGGUUCCGAGAGCGCCAAGUUAGUAGAAACUUUGCCGGAAGAUCAAAUUGGAAUGGACUGCACUAAAGUCUUAAGAAAAUUUCUUAAUAGAAACGUCCCAGUCCCAAAGAGAGUAUUCAGGACACAAUGGUUCUGCAAUCCCUAUGUUAAAGGGGCCUACAGUUUUUCGGCAGAUCGAUGUGACGAGUCUGGAACAAAGCCGAGUGAUUUGCUAAAACCUGUUACUGCUUCAUUUGCUGAGCUGAAUUUGGAGAUACCAAUCGUCCUCUUGGCUGGUGAGGCGGCUCAUGACUGCCAUUUUUCAACAACUCAUGGUGCUUUCGAAACUGGAGAGAUGCAAGGAAACAAAAUUCUGAGUCAUAUCAACAUUUCACAACCUCAAACUCAAAUGAUUUCUAAAUAUUAGCGUGAAUAUUUCCAUUGCCAAUCAUUAUUACUGCUUCAUCACCUAGUCUGUGUCAAUCAAAUUUUACAAAAUCAGUAUCUUGUGAUUUUAGAUAUUUCCUUUUUUUAAUACUGCAGAUUUAAAAACCUUAAAAUUUUUUAAUGGUGCACAUUUUAUGUAUUUGCUACAUUUGAAAUAAAAGAUAUAAAGGCAAAAUUUAAAAAUU